UCUGUCUGUAAUUGGUCGAAAGCUCAGUCAGAUUCCACCGCAGAAUUAUCGGAUUGAAAAUCAGGGAGGGGAGCCGAAAAAAAACUCAACGCAACUGACUCACAGCGAUGCAGUGCUUAAGUUUCUAAACAUCACAACGGAUUUGCCUGCGCUUUUCAGCACGAAGUUUGCCACUCAAACAAUCAAAGGACUUUAAACAUUUUUCAGAAUCAUCAUGCCUCGAUCAUUUUUGGUGAAAAGUAAAAAGGCUCACAAUGUGCACCGACCCAUCGACACCGAGCAAAGUGAACACAAACUCCCAGACCCGACACCCAAAACAAUCCCGGCGCUGGUCCCUUUGGAACCAAAGGAAUGUAAUUCCCCGGAGCGGCCCAAGGUGGAACCGGUCACCCGGCCGUCCCACAGAGACCCGUAUGAUUUCAUCAAGUGUGAGCGAGAGCCCGACUGCCCGAUGCCAUCUCUACCUGAACUGCCUGUCACAACCAGACGGCCAUUUUACUUGUCCGAGCCUCAGCUGGCAGAGUUCCCUCCCUACUACAAGAGCUCUUAUACCUGGGAUCAUGUUCCUUCAUCGUAUGACUUCAGGCAGAUGGGCUUCUCUCCAUCACUACUUCAGCACGCCAGCAGCCUGUACGGAGCUCACCUGAAACAGAGCUCUGAGCCUCAACAGCCACUGGACUGCAGCACACAUUACUCUCCCACGUCUAACACCUACCACUGCAUUACCUGUGAUAAGGUGUUUUCUACCCCUCAUGGGCUGGAGGUUCACGUCAGACGGUCUCACAGUGGCACACGUCCCUUUGGAUGCAGCAUCUGCAGGAAGAGCUUUGGCCACGCUGUCAGUUUAGAGCAACACAUGAACGUCCACUCUCAGGAAAGAAGUUUCGAAUGCAAGAUGUGCGGAAAGACCUUCAAACGCUCCUCAACACUGUCCACGCACCUGUUGAUCCACUCGGACACGCGGCCGUACCCCUGCCAGUACUGCGGGAAGAGAUUCCACCAGAAAUCUGAUAUGAAGAAACACACCUACAUCCACACAGGUGAGAAGCCUCACAAAUGCCAGGUUUGUGGCAAGGCCUUCAGCCAGAGCUCUAACCUCAUCACGCACAGCCGCAAACACACCGGAUUCAAGCCGUUCGGCUGCGAGAUCUGCUCCAAAGGCUUCCAGAGGAAGGUAGAUCUUCGCAGACACCACGAGAGCCAGCACAGCCUGAAAUAGCAAAGGCAUCGCAGACGACACGGAGGGAAUGAAGUCCACCGAUGGCUGGAAAAAAGACUGUGUUUCUGUGUGUCAGUCGACUGAUGUUAAAAGCAAAAGAAUUACUAUUGUGUCAAUUACUCACCCUCGUGUUGUUACAAACAAUUUAGUUAAGCUAAGAGUGUCAAUAAAAAGAAAGUUUGGUAAUUGGAAUACAUCUGCAAUUAAAAAAUGUAAUAAAUAUAAGGUGAAAAGCUUAAAGAAAAACAGAAAUACAUAAAUUAUGUAAUUUGUAAAUUGUUGGCAACUGAAGUCGAAAAUAAAAGGAAACCUAAAAAUUAAAUACAAAUAAAUAAAUGCAAUAUAGAAAUAUAUAUAUAUAUAUAUAUAUAUAUUACACACAUCUAAAGAAUAUAAAAUAAAAAGUCACUUCUAAAUAUAAAAAAGCUUAAAAACGUAAUAAAAAUAAAUUAUGCAAUUUCAUAGAUUAGUAAUGUCGGCAAAUGAAGCUGAAGUACUAAAUUAAAACUAAAACUUAAUUUAAAAUAAAUGAAUGAUAUCAAGGAAUAUUUUUUUUAAAAGCUAAAGAAUAUAAAAGUAUUAUUAAAACAACUACUAUAUAAUAUAAACACAGUGAAAGUCAAAGGGUUAAAGUCAUAAAGGUUUGGAACAACUUGGGGUGAGUAAAUUAUUUUCCUUAAGGCCCUAUUAAUUGACUUCAAAAUUUAAAAAAAUGUUUCUUUAUUCUAUCUAGUAAUUCAUCAAAACUGUAAUCUGACACACAAAACGUCCUUUUAAAUAUUAAAUCAUAACCAGAUGUCAGUCAGUGGCCCAUGAAGGAGUCCAAACAUAUUUCUUUUAUUUCAAAACUUGCUUUUUAAAUGCAGUGCAAAGAUUGUACGUUAACGUUAAGGUUGAUCUUUGAUUUUGUGUUAUUUAUAGAAACUCUUGUCUCCCAAUAAAUACUCCUCUUCGAAA